AAAUGUCAACUUGGUGACGUAAUAACUUCUGAGAGUCGUGUUACAUGCGGUAUCCCACAAGGCUCCAUUCUUGGCCCACUCUUGUUUCUCUUAUACAUAAAAGACCUACCAUACUGUCUUAGACAAGUUAGUCCUCGGCUGUUUGCCGAUGAUACGAAUCUUACUGCAGGAGAAACUAUAGAAGAGGUUGGGUUGGCCAUGAAUAAUGAUCUCUUACGAAUAAAAGAAUGGCUUUUGGCCAACAAACUAAGUCUUAAUGUUGCAAAAACGGAAUUUCUUUUAAUUGGCUCACAUCAUAAAUUGAACAACCUUGAUUCUCAAUCAUCAGUUAACAUCGGUCAUGACAGUAUUAAACAAGUCCAACAUAGUACAGUUCGUGGCGUUGAAAUUGACGAAAAUCUAUCUUGGAACAAACACAUUGAAAAUGUAGUAGUUAAAAAG